AGCGGGUGCCAACUGUUUACCCAGCAUCGUCUGCUAUUUGGACUUCUUCCCUGAGGUGACUUUCCUGCAGGAGUCCUGCUCUAAUGCAGAGAGAGGCAGAGGGACUGAGACCGCUUGGGUCACAAGAUAAUAACAGAACCAUGCCACAGGAGUCCCUGUCAGCUGUGGCCAAAGUCUCCCUCUGACAGCUGAGCAGUGGUCAUAAAGACAGUUAUGACUUGUGUACAAUCUGGCAAGCUUGUCUCUCUCGGCAGCGGAUAUCAAACUCAAGUGUUCAGGAGCCAAGCCAGCCCUGAAGACCAUGAACUCGUCUUCUGAGCAUUGCAACAUAUCUGACUGGCUGAGACUAGAGGCAACCGUGAAGGCCUCUGUGUACGUGGUGGCUUUCUCAAUCACCACAUCUCUCACCUUUGUCAUUAUCGCAAUAGUGUCACAGAGUCUGCAGCUGAGGAAAGAGGUGCGGCUGGUCCUCCUCUGCCAUCACCUGCUUUGUAUCUCCUCCUACUGUGGCCUGGGGGUCGUCUUCCAAGGAAUGCGGGCCUUACUGGCCAACAGCCCCCUCCUGCUGUGUUGGCUGGUAUUUGGGGCGCAGCUAAGUGUGGGAGAAGGGAUCCUCCUUACUCUGACCUUGAUGGCUCUCAAUACUUACCUCGCUAUUUGUUAUCCAUUGAACUCUCCAUCCUUUGUGGAUUCUGCUAAGUACAGGAUUCUAGCUGGGACUUGGACCACGGUUAUACUCAAGAAUGUUGGCUUAUUCCUCAUAGAGGGUACUAGCCCUACUCCGGCCUCUGUUUUCCAGUCUGCCCCGCUCUGUCCUGUGAUUUUGAAUGGUAUGCCUGCCAGAGUCAUUGGCAUGUUUUCCCUUGCCUUUCUUUUAUCCGUCAUUCUUGUGAGUUACUGUCUGAUAUACCGAGAAGGGAAGCGGGCUGGCCAUUUUAACAAGUCAAACAUCAAGGCCCAGAGAACUGUCCUUGUUCAUCUACUGCAAAUAAGCUUACAUGUGAUACCUACCCUGAUAAUCAUAGGUUUGGGAAAGCAGUGUGGGGUGUUUUUCUUUGCUCUAAAUCUGGCCCUUUUUGGUAUCUUUACUUUUGCACAGUGUUUCAACCCUUUGGUCUAUGGGCUCCACAACAGAGAUCUGCAGAGCAAACUGUACCCUUGGUUGUGCUGUCAGAAGAAGCUGCUGCCUUAA